ACAAUAUACAAAGCUGGUUUUAUUGCAAAAUAAAAAAUCCUGAUAACUUACACUCAUCUCUCCCGUUAGACACAUAUGAUAACAAAAUGCAGAGAGGAAGUAUACGUAAACAGCGAUUCUAUGAUAAGCUCCACAGGGGUGCCGUUGGUGUUCUUCUUGCAUUGACGGGAUAUGGUGCUUACUUGGUUGGUCACAGAUUCUAUAGAUUCUUCACAGUAACACAACCAGAACAGAAGAAAUUAAAGGAAGAAGCAGUAGCAAAUGAACAGCAAAGAGCAUUAGAAACACCAAUCUCGCAAAGAGACUUAGAACUUUUGCAACAACAGAAAGAAGCAGAAACACUAAAAACAUAGAACAGAAAACAUUUUAGGUCAUUGCAUUUGUAAAUAAUAGCUUUCGAGGGGGGGAGUUCCUUGGCUAAUAUAGACUGGAAAAAUCUCAAUUGGAAUCCAAAUCAAGCAGAUUUAAUGAGUGAAUCAAUGCUGUAUCUGAAUUGGAACAUGAGUAAGGAACUACAUUUAAUAUUGGUAAUAACGAGCAUGAAUGAAUUACAGCAAAUAAAUGUUGAAAUUAUGAGAUAAGAAUAAUUUCAUAUCAUUGAAUAAAAAGAGUCAAUCAUGACAAAAUGUCAAACAUAUUUAUUGUUGGUUUUCUUUUGAAAAUAUCGUUUAAGAAGUCUUUUUCACGAUCAGGGUAUAUCGAUAUAUGCCAACAACAUACAGCAAGCAUACUGUAUAUGGGUGUAACGCUACAUUUGAAUUUAGCAUAUCUUUGAGCAUUAUUAAUGACCAACUAGUGAGUCAGAGCACAGAGCUUAUAAAACCUUAUACCUUGUACUGUUAUGUUGUACACUCAUACUGGACAUUAGCGUAUGUGCUUUACAUAAUAUUAAUAUUCGUUGUUUCCUUUUUAAAAUAGUGGACAUUAACUAGAACAUCUUUUUUUUGGUUUGAUUUUAGGUUUCUGAGUUAAUGAUGUUAUUUGCUAUUUGUUGCAUUCAUUUUGUCCUUGGCGAUAUUUAAAAAUAGAAUUGGCAAUUUAACAAUUAAA